AUGUCACUUCUUCUGGCCCUCUCUUGCGAUCCGGCUUCAGAGAGAGGUGACGACGACAUGACCUUCGAACCCCCGGCAGCCCGAGAGCGCAGUGCUUUUGUGCAGCAGGUGCACAUGUUGGCAAACAUUCCGAUUGCGGUUGGCAACCGAAUUUCCAGAAUGCCGCUCGCACCUUCUGCACGAUGUACCUUUAUUUAUAUCUGGUCCUCUUGGCUGGCUUUGGUAGUGGAAGAUGAGUUUACGCGCUGGUUCUUGCUUUGCGCAUCCUUCUCCGCUUAUGCCGUGGCUGCUCUAGAACAGCUGGUGCAAUGCUUCAUCUACUGGGAUCGGGAUGGCGGUGGCGAAUGGGGCGUUCUCGUGCUCUUCCAGGUGUUCCUGGCGGGGUUUUAUGGUGUCAUCUACAUCGGUGCAGAGCUGAACCUCUACUCUUGGCAGACAGAGCAGCUUGCCUACACCUUCUCAGAUGUCGGGGCCAAGUUCUUGCAUUCCAGCUGGCUCAUGAGCUUGCAUCGGCAGCGGAACCUUCUGCGGCUAAGCCAGCUAAGACGCUUCUGCUGCGACUCAGGGUUUAGGUUUCAGAUCAUAGAAGGGCUGCCUACACUACGGCUGCAGACCUUCAGCGGAUGA